CAAACGCAGCCCUAAUCUCUCUCUCUCUCUAUAUAAACCCUCUCUCUCCUAUGACUAUUGACUAUUCCCUCACCUCCUAAACGUUAUAAUCAACGAAAACUAAACAUUCUUCCGCACAACAACAAUGGAAGAAUCAUCAUCUUCAUCAUCCCCCUCAUCAUCACAAUCCACAAACACAUAUACAAACCCUAACCCUAACCCUAACAACAGUAACAGCUCACCUCCUCCUCCUACACAGAACACCAAUUCAACAAGAAGCAGAAGAAGCAGAUACUCAACACUUCUCUCCACGUUUCGCUUCUUACAAGCACCUCUCUCCACUAUUCUCUCCCAUUACUUCCCUGCCACUGCGCUAAACCCUAACCCUAGCCACGCCGACGCUGCGGAGGUUUCUAUCCGUAUUGUCCCCGGUCAAGAACGGAACCAAGCUGAUCAUGAAUUAGGGCUCGCUCAUUCGUCCGGUAGCGCCGAGAUUGAUUCUCUCCAGGAUGAUCGCAGUUAUGUUUCUGGUAGCGCAGCUAGUGGUAAUGGAAAUGCUGAUUCCAAUUCUGUUCCGGCUGGUGCUGCGGCUCCGCGUACUCCGAAUCAACAGCGGUAUGAUUUACAGCACGCGGCGAGGCUGAUCGAGCAGAUUAUUCCGUUUUCUUUGCUCUUGAUGCUCGUUUUUAUUCGACAGCACUUGCAAGGAUUCUUUGUCACAAUAUACAUAACUGCUUUCCUGUUCAAGUCAAAUGAUAUUCUUAAGAAGCAGACUGCUUUAAAGGGGGAAAGGAAACUGGCAGUUCUAAUGGGAUAUUUUUUGGUUUUUACGCUUCAUGUGAUUGGAAUCUAUUGGUGGUACCGUAAUGAUGAUAUUUCCUACCCAUUAAUCAUGGUUCCUCCAAAAGAAAUACCUCCAUUUUGGCAUGCUCUAUUCACUAUUUUAGUCAAUGAUACGAUGGUGCGGCAAGCAGCAAUGGCUUUCAAAUUGAUCCUGCUAAUGUAUUACAGAAAUGGCAAGGGUCAUAACUUUCGUAGACAGGGCCAACUGCUGACUCUAGUUGAAUACACGUUGUUAUUAUAUCGUGCACUGUUGCCGGCACCUGUUUGGUAUCGUUUUUUUCUGAACAAAGAUUAUGGAAGCCUCUUCUCAUCACUGACUACGGGGCUGUACUUAACAUUCAAGCUAACUACCGUUGUUGAAAAGGUACGAUCCUUCUUCUCUGCCUUUAAGGCCUUGUCACGAAAGGAAAUGCACUACGGUUCUUAUGCCACGCUGGAGCAGGUAAAUGAUGCAGGAAACUUAUGUGCUAUAUGCCAGGAGAAGAUGCAUGUUCCAGUUCAGUUAUGUUGUAAACACGUGUUUUGUGAAGACUGCGUUUCAGAAUGGUUUGAGAGAGAAAGGACUUGCCCUUUAUGCAGGGCUUUGGUUCGGGCAGCUGAUAUGUGGUCGUAUGGUGAUGGUUCAACAAGUUUGUUUUUCCAGUUAUACUAGAUUUUUGGUGUGCUCUACAGGCACGCGUUGUCAUUGGUACUAUUGGAUUCUGCUUGCUUGAAGUGAGUUGCUCUGGAAGAAAGAAUGAGCAAUAAGAGACUGGCAUUUACGGCAUCGUAGAUAUAGAGAUGAAGAAGACUCAGAUGAAAAGAUCCUGCCUAAUGUACAUAUGUCUGAGACUCACCCGAUGAUUAAAUGUCUAUACAGUGUAUAUAUGUUAUUAGAUUGAAUAAAACAUGUGAUCAAGUUAAAGGUGUUGCUUGGUUGCUUCAAAUGCCUAAUUGUAUUAUGAAAAGUGCUUUGGUGGAAAAUGAGAUUUUGCAUGAUUUUGUUGAAGUGUUGAAGCACCAGUAUAUGGGAGAUGGAACAGUGCAGGAGGGUGAGAAAAGUAGAUGAGUUAAGGGAAUGCAGUGGUUGAGGGUUGACAGUUUUGCAGUCUCCAAUAUUUGGGUGGUGUAUGACUUUGUUACUCCGUGUACCCCCUUAUAAAAGUAUUAUCUAUAAGUUGACUAUCCUC